CUUCGCUGGCCGUCUGCUUCACUUCGCCCGAGUCACGCCCCGCGACCGCUUCUGGAAGGACACCAAGAACAUCUGCAUCAUCGUCAUCAUCAUCCUCACACUGCUGGAUAUGAUCAUAUAUGGCUCUCUGCAAGCUGCGGGUGUCUAUGGUGUCCGAUGGUCCCGUGUGCUGAGGCCACUGCUGCUGGUCAACAUCACAGAAGGGCGACAGCUGCGCCGGGCCUUCAGGAGCAUCCGGAACGCUCUUCCUCAGAUCCUGUAUGUCUUCCUCCUCUUCAUAUUCAGUGUGCUGGUGUUCUCUCUUAUGGCCCUCAAGCUGUUGGGGAAAAGAGGUCUGAAAACCGAAGAUGGAAAUUCCUAUUUCACAAACUACCUGCAGAUAGUGUUUGAUCUGUAUGUGUUGGUCACCACUGCAAACAGCCCAGAUGUCAUGAUGCCAGCCUACAAUGCCAACGUGUUCUUUGCGGUUUUCUUCAUCGUUUACAUCCUCAUCAACACCUACAUCUUCAUGUCUGUCUUCCUCGCCGUCGUCUACAACAACUACAAGAAAAACCUAAAGGAGGAGGUGAGGCAGCUCGUGCGGGCGAAGCGCCGUAAGAUGGCCCGGGCGUUCUGCGUGCUGCAGGAGACGUGCGGGGGGGCGGAGCCCGUGGUGACGCAGGCGCGGUGGAGCCGGCUGGUGGGAUUGGUCCAGCCCAACAUUCGCUCCGCCCACCGGCAGCUGCUCUGGAGUGUGUCCGACACGGAGGGGAGGGGCCACAUCGGGAAGCUGGCCUUCAUGCAGCUGCCAGACCUGCUCAACAUCCAGGUCAUCACAGUCAAGUCCCGGCCACACCCUCUGCAGACCUGGCAACCCUCCCUGUACAACUCCACUGCAAGCCAGUUUGUGUGCCGCAUGGUCAAGCACAAGGCCUUUGUGUAUGUGUAUGAUGUGAUCAUCCUGCUGAACGCAGUGUUCAUUGGGCUGGACGAGGAGAACUCGCUCAUCUCCAACCUGGAGUGGCUGUUCCUGGGCCUGUACCUCCUGGAGAUCCUACUGAAGCUCUACACCUUCGAGCCCAGGGCCUUCUUCUCCCGGCACCAGUUUUGGAACUGGUUUGAUACGAUCAUCGUGAUUUCUGCUCUGAUUGCCACCAUAAUUAACUCUGCACUAAAGUCUGCGGGUGGCUACAGCAGCCGGCAGGUCUUGGACAUCGUGUUCAUUCUGAGGAUCCUGCGUUUGAUCCGGGUGGUGGACAGCAUCCAGAGGUUCCGCAUUAUCAUCAACACCCUGAUCAAGAUCGGGCCCACAAUCCUCACCUUCGGACAGCUCAUCCUGGUGGUGUACUACAUAUUUGCCAUGGUGGGGAUGGAGCUGUUUAAGGGGCGGGUCCGGUUCUUUGGGACCGGCUCCACGGACCCAGCGCACCAGUACUGCGGGAACCGCCUCCUGAACGGAACUGACUUCGCCAAGCUCAACUACUGCAGGAACAACUUCAACGACAUCAUUUCCUCCUUCAUCCUCCUGCUGGAGCUCACCGUGGUCAACCAGUGGCACGUCUUGAGCAGUGGCUUCACCGCGGUAACCCAUGUCUCGGCACGCCUCUUCUUCAUCCUGUUUCACAUCGUGGUCGUCAUCGUCAUCAUAAACAUCUUUGUCGCGUUCGUGUUGGAGGCGUUCUUUGUGGAGUACACCAUCGCUAAGAGUGACCUGCAGACCUCGCUGGAGAAGAAGAUCGCGGAACUGGAGCUGGGUGUUCAGCAGGAGGACCUGGACGGAAGCUUAGUGGAGAGCAUGGAGACGGCAGAAAACGACCUGGGUCCCUCAGAAUCCAGCAAAGGAAACCCCUCACUAAUGUUCAGGAUCGCCUCAAAAAGGUAUAAGACCGUGGACGGGCUGCUGCAGAGGAUCUUUGAGGCGGAUCUGAACCCUGAGGACUAUGCAGAGGAUGAGGAGGCAGACGGGCCUUCGCAGUCCGACGCCAACCUCCAGAACCCGGCCUACGACGGCAUCUAACUGCCAUCAAAGGGAACCGCUCACUUUAACUGAUAUCUCUUGCCUUACUUACAUAAAUAUAUAUUUUCCAUUUGUGCUACAACAUAAAGAAUAAAAAUAAAUCUUAAAAUGUACAGGUUAUAUUGAAUGAGUGGGGAAUUAACUCCAUCAUGGUGAUAUUUACCAUUUAUAUAUUUUUUUAAUCAUGUUUUUGAAAUGCAUACCUCAUGCAUAUACCAGGAAGAAGUUUAGUGGCAUACUAUUCCAAGACCGUGUAACGUGCUCCUCCUUGGAGAGUGGCAGAAAUGCUCUGCAGCUGUUCAGACCUGUUCAGUCUAUUUCUCCGUACUGUCUCCGCUGAAUGUGCCUUAAACCUGUCUCUGCUGAAUGUGCCUUAAAUGUGUUAGUCCUAUGGCAAAGCUGCAAUAUGAAGGGAAGCCUGUUUGAUCCUGGAUGAUAGAUUCUGACGGUGCACUUUCUGUGAUAUUCCUGUUUAAUAUAUUAUAAUAUGUAAUUAUAAUAUAUAAUAUAUUUAACGCGAAAAACGGACAAAGGGCUUUACUCUAGUUUGUGCAUCAUCCUCUUUGUAGGAAUGAUCAUCCAAGUCCAUCAAUUAUUUAACUUUUUAUGGUUACUUUAUGGUUAAUUUUAUCGUUUGUGACAAGAAU